AAUGAAAUAAGCACAGCCCAAUCCGAGUCUUGCUGCCGUGUUCGGUCGGAGAGGGUGGUCGGGAGGAAAAUCGUUUAUAAAAGGGUAUACAAGUCGGUGAGUUUUACGAUUUGCUGCAAGGACGUCGGUGAUAUAACACUUGUUGAACAUUCUGGACGAAGCGAGGUGUAAAGUAUUGGUCGCAAGUAACGGGAAGAUUUGGUUGUGUACUGAGACAGGACUCUGCGUUUUGGGCGCAACCUAAUGCCCACCGGAGCACUUCGUUCCGGAUCGCCCCAAAGUGUAGUUGGGUGCAUUGUGUGCAUUUAGUUGUUUAUCGUACGCAAAAGCGAGUGAUUAUAUUAUUAUAGUACAGAUAAAACGUAGUGAAAUUAAGCGUGACAAACGGCGUCGCUGCCGAGCGUCGCGGGGAACCUUAGGCUAUCGGUGUAAAAGCUGUUUGUGAAGUAUAAAAUUUUUGAUGUUGAAAUUAUCGAGAGUUGAUCACAGCACCUGAAGCGAAGCGGGCCGUUGAAAAUCCCUGUUUGAUACCCGUUUCGCAAGUGAACCACCCGAAUCAGACGACUCGCAACAGGCAAGGUGUUAGCCAAUAAAAUCCGUGCCAGCGGGCAAGCAGUAUAAUCUGUUCCGAAAUUUCACGGUUCACUAAGUUUAACACCCUAGUGGGAAUUUGCCGACUACGGUCAGGGAAGCUAGUGAGCGCAAUCCGCACAGAAGCCGUAAUUGAUUUCGUAGGACCGACGGUGAAACUGAUUGAAUUUUUGAGGUUCAGCACGCUUUAGAAAACCAAGGCAUUCGGUGUACUUUCAACCAGCGAAGUUUAGUGAAAGUUAGAUAAACAAAAAGCAGCCGAGAAAAUAUUUCGGUUUCUUUUGAAUAAGACCUAUUUUGUGUAACCUCUGCAAUCAACAUAAAUUAGUAAACAUGAAAGCCACGCUGUGGCUCUGGUCGCUGGUAACAACCUUGCUGUACGUCAGUCAACAGGUAGCAGCCGAGCCGUACACCGACGCCAGGAUUUUACAGCCACAAGACAAUAGCCUGGACGUCCCUGCAAAACGAACGAAGCCGUCGCUGUCGAUAGUGAACCCACUGGAUGUGCUGCGACAACGAAUCAUUCUUGAGAUGGCCCGGAGGCAGAUGCGGGAGAACACUAGACAGGUGGAGCGGAAUAAAGCAAUCCUUCGCGAGAUUGGUAAGCGAAGCCACCGUGACUUCGCGCCCAGCGAGGAUGACAGUCCAGUACGCCGUUUCAGCCGGACCCAUUCCAUCUACCGCCAGCUACCCAUACUGAGGCGCUACGGACCUUCCCCCGAACGAUCACCAUUCGCCGACAGCGUGGAUUACGAGCUGCUGGACACGACAGCAAAUCGAAAGGCAACCGGCAGAGCGAACAACAAUCUUAGUAGUAGCCAGGACGGUGCCGCGAAUGCGGAUGAACCGAGCAGCGGCAACGGCAACAAUAGUCCCAAUAGCAGUAGCAAUGAUGACAGUGGGGUUCUCACAUUAGCCCAACAACAACGACAACAACUGGCGGAGUUGGAACGGGAGCAGCAGCAGCAGCAGCCGCAGCUACACGCCGAAGUGCUUCAUCCCCAGGAGCUGCGAUUCUCGUCCGAAGAUAGACUUUUGCCACCAAAUCGAUUUGCCAACAGCCGCAGCGCGAUUGGGAGCGACGAAGACGAAGAAUACUACAGCAACAGAAUCCAGAAGUACCCGGAGCAAGCUCAACACCUGAAUGACAAACUGAAAAGCGAUGACUUCCAUCCAAGUUAUUUGUUUAAUAUGCAAAACAAACUUUUCGGUUAGGGUUCGUGUUCCUGAUGGGCUGACGCAACGUGAUCUUUUCCUUUCUUCCUACGCUAGGACAUCAAUCUGAACUACUGAACUACCAAGAACGAAUCGAGCAGCGCAACACUGUUAGGAAGCAAUCGCACGCAAUCACAAAAAACAAAUCCUCAGCCAGUUUCAUUUCUCAACUCCUGUCCAUUGCAGAUUCCUCUCAACACUCCGCAGACAGCAAGUGACUGACUGUGAGCAACAUGAGCAUCAGCUUUUCGCUUUAUCAGCUUUUCCAGUCAUACAAAUUGCAAUUCCCGACUCAUUGCUUGUGGUAUUUUUGCUUUAGAAAAUAAGAAAAUGUUAGUUUGCUGUGCUCUACCUCAACCUUAGUGAACCCAGGAGUAUGUUGUUGAAAGGCUUAAGCAGAUCAUCGCACGCUCCAACAUCAGAGGUGCGUCUUUAAAUAAAUGUUGAACUGCGUCAAGAUUGUAAAAUCAUUCAUCGAUAUAACAAAAAGAGAAACAAAUAUGAUUUGGUUAGAAUGUAAUUCAACGUUUUAAAAUGUCAUGGAUGGAAGUGUGGGAAAAGCGCGUUAACUAGUAUUGAAAACAAAAAAAAACCGAAUGCAAAACAAUGAAUUCGUUAGUAAAUUACCCGCCAAAACCAGACUGACUAGGUUGGCACCUUAAAAGUUACUCCGCUGUGUAUCUCUAAUAUCUGGCGAGUAGUUGAAGACCAAAAGUCCUAUAGAAGUAGAAGUCUAUGAACAAAAAUUGUUUAGAUGUGUUCUUUGUAGCUCGUCAUUUCCAACGCUUGCUCGCCCCGAGCGAAGUGAAGAUCAACGUACUUAUUAAUUAUCAUUGGAAGAAAUUGGAACUUGCUGGCACUUUUAAUAUACAUUCUAAAUUCAGCUUUUUAAAUUCAAAUGUACGAACAAAUCAAAUAUAUUUAAAAGCAAAGCAAAAGGAGGAAUGCAAUCAAAAAAAUCUAAUUGUUGGCAUAUUAACGGUUGGGCGCUUCGGAAGUAAUCAAUACUUAAUACCACAAUUACAAAGUUACAGUUAAUAACACAUGAAACCAGAGAGCUAUCUUUAUCGUAAAAGAAAUGAUUCCCAAUGUUUGCGAGAAACCAGCUUGAGAACGGCUACAUAAGACAAAAACAUACCAUGGAACUUAAUCGAAAAUAUAUCAUAACUAAUUGUACUUGUUGGUAAUCAUACGACAGCUACUACAGACUAAUGUUCUAAACCAGCUAAAACAAAAAAAAAAUAACAAAAGGCAACUAAAUUCUGAGAUAAACAACUAAACAUGAUGAAAUUGUAUUGUACAUAUAUUUAAAUUAUUGACAAGUAAUAAAGUAUUUAAUUUUUAAGAGCAAAA